AUGCCAGCAAUCGACACCAGAUGGAGUCACCGUGUCGGGUCGCCCGCGUUAACGGUGCCGCCAUUUAACACUGUAGGAGCACAAACUACACAUGAGUGGAAAGACGUGAAGUUUCGGAGCGAAGUAGUCAGUGUCCUCGAGCACGCCCAGGUCAGGGUGCUUGGUUACGACCUUGUUAGGCGCGUCCGACCGGGCCAGGAGGUAUCUCAGACGCCUCUGACGCUGCUGGUGAUAUCGGACGCAUCGAUUGAAACACAGUAUUCGGCCUGGGAGGUCGCCGUCCGGCACCUUAGAUCGCUCCUCGACAAGACCAAACGCGAGGACAUCAUUGUCGAGAUUUCCGACAUCAAGACGGCCCACGAGGUGGUCUCGGCGCCGUUGGUAGGCUGCACCCCAGAGCUCAUCAACGCUUGGCAUGAAUUCCAGCCCGCUUUGCUCAAAGAAAUCGACGGACAGAAAUGGCUCGCCGUCGACAUCGUCCAUCGCGAGAUUGGCGACCUACAUCCCGUGAGUGUGCCCACUCUCUUGAUCACUGCCAGAGAUGCCGAUCUGGCUAUAUGGUGGGACAUCAUCCUACCGCGGUUGCGCGAACGACUCCCUCCACCGAUGGAGCUCGAUCUCCUGUAUUCGCCACACCUGACUCUGCAAACCCCUAGCGACGAUGAGGGUGCAGAGGACUCGGGUCUCCGUCCUAAUAUUUACAACACCAUGCAAGACUACGAUCGGGUCGUACAGAUGGGCUCCAGUAUGGGCGUUCACCAGCCUGCCAACAGCGGCACCGUCAGCGCCGUCAUCAGGCUCCGGGACGCGAAUGGCGAUGAGACAAACUGCGCCUUGACCAACCACCAUGUGGUUGCAACUCUUGAGGGUAAGAGCAUCAUAAACGAACGAAUUCCGGCAGGGCAGUUCCUGGGUCUCGACCAUGAAAUCUCGCGCCUGGGUCUUGUCGAGAUUGUAGCCCCUACACACAAGGACCACGACCGGUUUCUCAUCUACAAGAAGAUGGAGAAGAAAGAGCACGACGAAGCGCUCGCAACCUUUCAGGACCAGCAUCUGCCUGGGUACACCCUCGCCCAACGCAAUGUCAUCGCGACAGACAGCGACUGGGUAGUGUUGAAUUCGACUCCAGAUCGUCUCCUCGGCACGGUCCUGGCAUCGUCGGGCUUUCGAGUGUGUGAGAACACAGACUACACCCUCGCUGAAACUAAAACGUUCUCUAAAGUCGCGCAUGUGCCCAACUACGCAUUCAGACAUAAAGACGGCACUAUGCCCCCGAGCCUAGCCGAGAAGAUUAACGGGCGCACUAUUGGCUUCGGCCUUAACUGGGCUGUCAUCAAGUUGGCGGAGAACCGAACACUCAGCGACCGGACACCCCAGCGCAGCUCUGGUGUGAAGGUGCCCACCGGUGCACAAGUCGGCCGAUACGCGCACAUCCGGCAUAACGUAAGCUACAACGUUGCAAAGAAAGGACGAACUACUGGUUGGACGUAUGGCAAAGUGAGCGAGAUCGGAUCUCUACUUAAUUUGCGACCUGCGGACAGAACAUCGGUUAUCCCGGUAGACCUGGGGGAGCGAUUCGGCCAGACCAACGCGAUCAUGCUGGCAUUCGGCGUCAUCGACGACCGGAAACGAAAAGAAUUCAUGUUAAGUGGAGACUCCGGCAGCUGCGUUCUACUAAACGAAAGUAACCCGAAAGCAACCAUCGUUGGUCUGCUGUAUGCAUCCAACGAGCACACCCAUGUCUCAUACAUGAUUCCCUUCGAUUUGGUCGUACGAGAUAUAGAGCACGUGACGGGCCAGACUGUGGUGCAACCCGAGUUUGUCGACUACGAUACAAGGGGUUGA